AUGGAUCACUCUGAACUUCAAGAGAUUUGUCAUAAAGAUGAAGAGAGAAGAGGGUUUAUUGAACAUUUAUGGGAACUUCGUUGUAGGUGUCAGAAUGUUGGAAUACGUAAUAUCAUGAGGAGAGCAGAGACAAUACGAUGUAAACCAGGAACAUAUGAUAUUUUUCAUAGAAGAAAAUUUUUUCAUAGUAUUUGCCCUGAUCAAUGCCUUUCUAUAAAUUUACCUUUAGGUGGUGUUAUACAAAAAUUUUCUGUUUGUGGAAGAUAUCUUUUUUUAACAAAUGCUGAUUAUUCACAAUUUAUUGUUUAUGAUUAUGUUGGUUGUGAUAAUAUUUUUAACGGUACUUCUCAAAGACCAUUUGAUAAAAUUUUUAGACUUAGACAUACAUAUAAUUUUAUAAAACCAGGUUUUGAAAAUGUUAGAUUACAUUUAAUUAGAAGUAUUAUUUUAAAUUCACCUGGUGGUAAAUUUAUAAUUCUUGCUUCAGUUAGACCAUAUACACAAAUGGAUCAUGGAAAAUUUACUCAUUAUAGGACUAAUGAUAGUUAUGUGGAAUCAAAACUUUUUGACGUAUUUACAGUCUAUACUAUUGAUAUAGAAAAUAAUGUUAUUUCAGAUGAAUAUUCUUUUAUACAAGAAAGAAUUAAACAACUUCCUAUUUCUGUUUUUAAUUGUAUUAUUGCUGCUUUAGCAUUAUCAUCACAAGUAAUUCAUAUUUUACAUAUUGAUAAAGAAACCGGUAAAUUAACACUACUUUUAAAAUUAGGACGCGAUAUUCAUCAAGAUGAUCAUGUAUAUAUUGGUUCAGAAAUGCAUAAAAGGGAAAGAUUCAUUACAGGAUUAAAACAAAAAGUUUUAGCACAUGUUGUUACAAAGAUAGCACCAAAUUGUCUUCAAAAAUUAAUGACACAAUUAGAAGUUUAUAAAACUAUGCAAUUACAUAGUGUUCAAGUAAUUAGUGAACAUGAAUUAUUUAUUAAAUUUACUUGUAUUGAUUUAGCUGCUAGUUAUAGUCAAAAAAAUAAUUGUAAUUGUGCACCUCUUCAUAUUAUUUAUAAUUGGGUUACUUGUGAGGUAUUAAAAAGUAUAAAAAAUGAUGUUUUGGGUUUAAAUAAAACAUUAAUUGAUAAUUAUGUAGCAACACAUCAUACUUGUAAUACUCCAACAAAUUUUAUGGACGGGCCACUUCAUAGUUUUUAUCCAAUACCAGAAUUUGCAUAUAUUAUUAAAGAUGAAGGUCUUUGUAUACCAAUAAUUAAUUCAUUUUGUUGUUCAAGAUCACCUUACCUUGAUUAUGAGACUUUCCGACUAGGUUGUGGACAUAGUAAUGCUUUUUCACAAGAUGCUGCAAGAUUAAAAAUUGAUGUUGAUUUCUUGAAAUUUUAUGAUUUAGUUACUAGAGGUGAACAUAAGGUAGUUCGUAAUAGAAAUGAUACUAACAGAGAUAAUUUCCCGGCUGUAUAUCUUUUUCACCCUACUGAUCCAUUCUUUAUUAUUAAGUUAUUAGCAGGGAUGGACGGUAAUCAUUUAGAACUUCAUGUUGCACUUAUUGGAAUGAGAGGUUGUGGAAAAUCAGCUUUAACUGUUCGAUACAUUACAAAACGUUAUAUUGGUGAAUAUGAUCCAGAGUUAGAAGAUACUUAUUGUAAACAGGAAUCUAUUUUAUCCCAACCUAUUAUGGUUUGGUUAAUGGAUACUGUUGAUGGUUAUGGUAAAGAUUCUAUGCGUUAUUUUUCUUGGGCAGAUAUUUAUAUUGUAGUUUAUGAUGUUACUAGUCAAUUAUCUUUUCAAUAUGCUGAAAAUUUACUUAGACAAAUAAAAUCUCAUGAACAUUCUUUGUGUAUGAGGAAUCAUAAAACAUUAUUGUUAGGAAAUAAAACUGAUCUUGAAAGAUAUCGUCAAGUUAGUCAUAUAGAAGGUGAAAAACUUGCAAAAGAAUACAAUGUUAUAUUUUCUGAAACAAGUGCAAUCGAAGAGUACACUAAAGUUGCAGGAGUAUUUUAUAAAAUUUUAGAAUCUGUUAUUGAAGAUAUGAAAACAAGAAGAUCACCAAGUCCUAGAUUGUAUAAUAGUGAUUCAGAGGUACAAACAAGAGUAAAGACUAGUACAAGUUUUAGUGGUGCUUUAAAAAACGUUGCUAGAUCAAGUACAUUAAGAAGAUCAAAGAGUCCUGGACAAAUUGAAAGACAAAAACUUUCAUUUGGAUCUAAAACUAAGACAGGAAGUAAACUACUAAAAUUAUUUCAAAAUAGUUCAUAA